UCAUGCACCCGGAGCUCGGCGGCGGGAGCUGUAGCUGCAGCUGGCAGGUUGGGUAGGGGCGGUCAGGAGCUGACCACGCACAUUGCCCCGCGCGGCGACUGUGGCCGCGGGCACCCGGCGCCCGGGAUACUAGGUGACUCAAUCCAGGAAAGUUGCCUGAUUUUCUGGAAGGACUGGUUUCCCCAAAGAAGCAAUAUCUGGUAGAAGUUCAAAGGUCAUCUCUAAAAAACAAAAAAGAAGAAGAAUCAAUGAAUUAAAGACAAGAACGUUUCCAAUCAGUCCCUGCUAUGUGGAUAUUUGUUAGCAAUGACUGAUGUGGAAACUACAUAUGCAGAUUUUAUUGCUUCGGGAAGAACAGGUAGAAGAAAUGCAAUACAUGAUAUCCUGGUUUCCUCUGCAAGUGGCAAUAGCAAUGAAUUAGCCUUGAAAUUAGCAGGUCUUGAUAUCAACAAGACAGAAGGUGAAGAUGAUGCACAGCGAAAUUCAACAGAACAAAGUGGGGAAGCCCAGGGAGAAGCAGCAAAAUCUGAAAGCUAAAGCCCUGCUUUGACCUUUAACAACUCCUGACAAUGUGGCAAAAUUCCAGGCCUUGCUGGAAUGCAUUUGUUUCCAUGAGUGAAAAGAGGAAAAAGAAAAUGGCUGUGCUGUAUCACAGGAAACUGCUCAUUAUGUUAAAAAUGGGGGCAGAGGCUGUGGCUGCAGACAGACUUUUCUCUACCUCUGUCAUUAGCAAUGGUUGAAAUCCUGUGGCUUGUGUUUGGAUGUCAUUUUUGUAUGGAUCCUUUCACUUGACCAUAUGAUGAAAUGCUUGUAGAGAGUAGCACUGACCUAGAUGAUGAUUCCUGUAGCAUCUGGCCCCUCACAAUGUCAGAGGAUUUAAUUGUGUCUAAUUGGAAAGGGUUGGUUGAACCCAGAGUUUAAACAUCUCUGGAUCAAGUAUUCACCCAGUAAAAGAACCAUCUAGAAAGCACCGUUUUUAGCAUUAUGUAUCUGUGUGUUACUGCUGUGUUCUUUACACUGUUUUGUAUUGUACAAUAUAGAUGCUCAGCACUGCCCCCUUCUUUGAUUGCUUAUGAAAAACAAAAGUGAUGUACAUUACUGUGAAUUUUUAUACCACUCAUUUUUAAAAGGGCUGCCUGGCUUUUUUGUUUGUUUGUUUGUUUUUGUUUUUAAUUUUUCAUAGUGUGGUGGUGUGCACAGGACAGAACACACUUUUUAAUAACAUAAUCUUUCCCUUCCUUCAUUGUGUAUUGAUGAAUUAAGCUGUAACAGUUUCAUCAAGACUCAUUUGCUUUAUUAUACAGGCAUUUGAAAAUAUCCACCAAUGUGAAUAUUCCUGAAUUCAGUCUGUUUGGAGACUGCACAGACUGGAAUUCAAUCUGUCAAGUUGUUCUAGUCCUUCCCAAUUAGGGGCCUUCUCCCAACCAAUGUUGUUAAUUUUACUUGGAGAAUUGAGAAUGUACAAAAGAAAAGCCAAGAUAAUACCAAGAACUGGAAAAUUUGUUCUGUGGAAUCAAAUGUCUCACAAUGUUGUACAUUACUAUUUAAAUUUGGAGAAAAACUUAUCUCCACCAGGCUGAAAAGGAUGGAGAAAGUGAUCUCCUUGCAAUCAUGUGGACACCAAUCACAAAAGUAAAGCCCUUGUGUUGUGUCUUUCAUAUCUUUUUCCAGCCCUCUCAGAUCCAAAUGUUAUUAUGCACUUUUUAAUGUUUGUAAACUUUUACUAAUAAUUAGUUUGAAUUGCAUUCUGAUACAGUAAUUAUCACCAUUAGAUGCUAACAAAAUUUUCACUAAUACUGUUGAUAGCCUAUGCUGUGUUUUGACAUCAUGGUUCUUUUAUGGAAAGUUUCUGUGACCUGUGUAAUCUUUCUGGUCAGUAUUAUGAAGUCAUUUGUCAGUGGUAAUAAAUAAGGAACCAGUAAUAUGCCAAUGGCUCAUGAGUUACUGGACAAAUAGCAGACAUCAGGAGUCUCUUUACAAUUAAGAUCCCACUAAGCUGUCCUCAAGGGCUUAGGCACAGUUCCAGCUACAGUAGGUAGUAAAUCAGCAUUUUAACAGGUAAUCUAUGUAGUUGUGCUAGGAACUCAGCCUUUCUCUGUAGGUAGGGACAGAUUGAAAGGUAAGUCUGCUCACAUUUCCCUUUACAGUCAUCUUCACUGAAUGAGAUAAGGGUAUGAGUCUCAUUAUCUUAUCCAUUAGUUAUUACCACACAAAAGAAAGUUAACAAUUUAAGUCUUCUAGAAGACAGAUUAAAUUUUAGGUUACUUCCUUCUAUAAAACCCAUCAGAGGCCAAAAUAUCUGGUGAAAAUUUAAACAAAUCUAUCUAUUAAUAUACUCACAAGUGUGAACAGAAGUUUCUGGGACUAUUUUAGACUAUCUCUGGUAGUCUGUUUCAAGUACCAACCCACAUAAUUGGUUUUUGAUGUCCUCAUUUACUAUCCUGAUGGCUUUCUUGUGGAAUUUAAAUUUCUCUUCUUCCUUAAAGUUGUAGAAUUCCAAACUGAUUUCAUGUGAUUGCUUUGCAAAGUUUAAAAUCAGUGCUGAGUAUAUGUGGAAUGUUUAUAUUCCUAUGUGAUAUACUAUUAUUAAUGCAUGUGAUGCCAUGCGUGUCUUUGAAUAUAUAUAAAUAGUGCUCGAAUGCAAAGUCAUAUGGAGCUUCAUUUGAGUUUGAACACUUACUGCUACUUUGUCUGCUAUAUUCAAACUCAGAGACAUUCCCAAGCUGGGAAGAUAAAAAUUGACUUUCCAAAACAUUCACAUCCUUUAAAUUUUGUUUAGCAAAAGUACACUGUAUCUUCCAAAUUUUAUUUUAAUAUUUUUAGUUUGCAAGCCAAUAAUAUGAAUGGAUCUGAAUUUGAGGAGAGGAAGAAAAGAUAGGAAACCAAAGGAAUUAUUUGACAACAGGCACUGGAUAUCUAUUAACUGGCCAUUCCUAUACUUAUCUAUUUCCCACAUGUUCUCCCAUUUAUUCCUCAAACAAUUCAAUUUUAGAGUGGUAUCUUUAUUUCAUUUCACAUAGUAGCACUCAAUAAGGUAUAACUUUUCCAACCUUAAAAAGUGAAUAAGUGAUAAAUUAAUAUUUGAGUCCAUUUGUCUGUGUCCAAGGAACUCUCUAUGGCAAAUGCCAUAAUAUUAAAAAUAGUUAAAGAAUAUAUUUAUCUGUAGGUAAGUUCUGGAGAAGGACUUGCACUGCCUCCAUUGUUUAGAAAAGAAAACUGAGUACCAAAAAGGGGAACUGCCUUUCUCAAAGUCACCUAAAUUGGUAAUGAUAAAGAUGUAACUAGAUUAUAGAAAGCAUACUUCAAAAAAAAGAGUUGAUUACAACUUAUUUUACAGAGUAUACUUCACAGAAGGUAUAUUUCUGACAUGUGGUCUGUAAAUUUAGCAUUUUUAUAUUUCUUAUGCCAAAUGCUACUAAUUUUAAUUGCCCAGAAUCACAAUAUUUCAGUUUGACUCAUUUGCAACAAGUAUGAAUGUGUCAAACUUAUUUUUUAUCAAUUGUAAACACCCAAUGCUGACACAAUUUUAUCCUAUGUUCAUACAAAUGCUUUUUCCAAUCAAUGACAGAAAUUUCAGCCUCUGAUUCUUAGACCAGUACCCCCAGAGCAGCACACUGUACCUGCCCUACACCUGAGAUUUACUCAGAUAUGAUGGCAAUGUAUCAUUUUAGAAGAUGAAUGAUAUUGCUAUUUUCCCUGAAAGAAGUAAUAAUGGGUAAAGAAAUGCUGGGCAGGACUGGCUGGGCAGGAAAGCUUCUGAGUGAAACCUGUAGUAGCAAAGAGAAAAUGUAUAGUAAUCAAGUGAAAACAGGAAAGGACUUGUGGUUUAUGAUGUCUUAGAAUACCCUAAAUUGUUCUUUAAGUAAAAGAGUGGCAGUCUCUGCAGUCAAUCGUGAGCUUGUAUGACUUUUGUAUUUAGCAAUGUUGCAUGCUCACAUAAUUGAUAUUAAAGGUAACACAUUUUUCUGAAA